UACCAAAGGCAACGGUGAAGAUGGAGGCUCCAGCCCCGGUUCGUGGAUCAAACGCCGCCGGUAACGCUGCGUCCUCCUCGCGCUGAUGCAGCGCAUCACCAGCCUCGCUGCACGCCGCGAGCUCGGUGGCCUCGCGACGUGCUCACCUGGCAUCUGCGCCUGGAAGAGGGGCCCGACCUGCAGCAAGCAGCCGGAUGUGUGCCGACAGUGGGCGGCGAUGUGCGUGCGUCCUCCUGCGCGUGCUUUCACCGGGGUGUCCGGGCCCGCAGCGCGAGGCCGGAGGUUGUGCAAGCGGAGGUUCGUGUUCGCCGCUCAGAGACACAGACUGUUCGGCUCGCAGCCGGCCGAGCCGCCGGGGAGCUCCGCCGGGCGGCCCGGUGUCUCCGUGGUUGGCAUCCCGGACCCGAUCACGUGGAUCCGGUGCAAAGUUAUCAUGUAUCUCGUGGAUCUGCACUUUGAGUUAGACUUGAACUCUGCAGAGUUUCAAACGGGAGUAAAGCAGGCUUUGGUCCACGUCUCCAACCUGAUGUCCAGUGGCAGAUACCACAGUCUAGUGGGGAUUGUGUCCAGUGAGACGAUAGAUUACGUCCAGACAAGGUGCCGGUCCCUCAGCGAGGCUCAGAGACAGCAGCUCGCCGUCACAAUGGAGGACAUUGUAUUCAUGCUGCCGGAAGACGUGUCCGUCGUCUUUGAUAAAUUUGGUAGAAAGUUCUGCUUCGUGGUCAUGAGGUUCUGGCUCCUGUCAACAUAUGAAGGGCCCGAUGACCCCGAGGGCACGAAGAUCUUCAAAGUGGCCUCCAGUGACGAUGGCGGCCCACAGAGGAGAAUAGUGACGGCAGUCUAUGAAUUCCACCGAGAGCUGACGAGCGGAGCGUCUCCGGACUGGACGGUCACGACUGUUUGGCACUGGCACUGGAAACUGGCCGAGUGACGACGAGGCCAUUUGUCCGUCACCAGGACACGACGGGGGAGGAGUGUUCGGCUGAAUCGGCUGACCUCAGAACUGUGUGUUCGGAUCAGAUGAAACGGGACCCAGAGACAUAACACCUGAAGACCUCAGAACUUUAUAAAUGAACCUACCUCACUACUUGAAGGUUGUCCUCAAACCUCUCUCUUGCUCAAAAAAUAAAAACCUCACUCCAGAUCCAGCUUUCAACCACAUUUCUUGGACUUCCUCCGCAUAUGGGGUUCACUUUGCUGUCAUGGUGAUGUCACCACGUGACCUAAAGUAUGGUCAUGUGACAAAAGUGACCAUGUAUACAAACACCUGUUGUCACGUGACUGAAGCUCCGUUCUUACUGUGGGUCACAUGAUGACAACUGAGCCAUCUCCAUGACAAACUAUCCACUGAGGAAGCCCAUGGGAUGCAGCUGAAAGUUCCAGAAAGAGCUUAUAAGUGAACCUUAAUUUGUUUUGGUCAAACUGCUGUUUCCAAGGUCAAGAAUGAAUUCUGUUGAAUUUGUUGUACCAAUAAAUUGCUUGAUCAUAAGACCAAA